AUGGGUCCUUCACUGGGCCUUGCCGCAUGGGCAUCACUUCUAACUGUCGUCAGUGCGCAAUUCAAAUGCAGCUUGCCUGCAGGUGAUAUCUGCGCCUACGAGAACGCCACCACCUAUGCGGCAGUCAAUGCGCCCAAUUGUACCACCAGUGGCCUACAAGCCUUCCUGAACAAGCUUCCUGGGCUCGAAGGAACAACACUGAGUGUGCCAUACGCGUUUUACAUCGACAGCAAUGCAACUCUCGACGAGUUCACCGACUAUGUCGGCGCCUCGACAUUUACUACCGAUAUUCCAUCUGGCGCGACUUGGGGUUUGGGAGCGCUUCUUCCCACCCACUUCAACGGCAGUAUCAUGAUGGCAGCCCCCGACUCCGGACUCUCAUGGGGUGUAGCAAGUGCAGGUCUGCGCUACGCCUUCGCCACCUUCGCCUCUAACUCCGGCCACGACGAGCCAGACCACACUCCCGGCUGGGAGACCCCCAACGGUCUACUCGAUUGGAGCCACAGAGCACUGCACCUGUCCACCGUGACCGCCAAAGCCAUUGUCAAAGCCUGGUACGACGUGGAACCCAAAUACAGCUACAUCACCGGCUGCUCCGAUGGAGGUCGCCAAGUCAUGAAGUCUAUCCAGACAUACCCCGAAGACUACGACGGUGCUAUGGCGGGUGCCCCAACCUGGUGGAUGACACACCAGGCAUUCUACGACUACAAGCAGACAACCAUCGGCGGCUCAGCCCGAUCAAACUCCUCCAUCCCGCCCUCACUGUACCCAGUCAUAACGGAUGAGGUCCUCCGCCAAUGCGAUCCCCAAGACAACCUCACCGACUCCAUCAUCUCGAAUCCUCGAGGCUGCUUUUUCAACCCUGAAGCCCUAGCAUGCAGCAGCAACAAAACAUCCAACUGCCUUACCGCACCACAACUGGACACCCUCCACAAGAUAUACAACGACUGGACCACCUUCGACCAAGACCUCAUAUACCCGGGUGCGUGGUUCGGCAGCGAGCCCACCUGGAACACUACCUUCGGCAGCCCGCCCUCCAAGUCAUGGUACAUCGAGAACGUCCUCGGCUUCAAGAACUUCACAGCCCAGGACCUGACAUACGAGAUCAUCGCCGAGGCAGACGCGCGUGACCCCGCCCACGCAAACGCAGACGACUUCGACCUGUCGCCUUUCUUCAACAGAGGCGGAAAGUUCUUCCACUGGCACGGCAUGUCGGACUCCGUCGUCUCACCGGGUUCCAGCGUGUACUACCACCACAAAGCAACGUAUGCUGCGUUGGAGAAGGUUAUCGAUAUCGAUCAACAUUAUCAGCUUUACUUGAUUCCGGGAUUAGAACACUGCACCGGCACCCCCUCCUGCAUGGCCGCUCUAUGGUACCUAGCCGGCCCAUACCAAGCCGGGAACUUCUUCAACUCCACCCCCGCCAAUGUCGUCGACAACUACGUUCAUGACUCUUUCCUCACGCUUAUCAGCUGGGUGGAGGGUGGUCAUGCCCCGUCGUAUAUGGUUACGACGAACUUUGAAGAUAACGCGGAUCCGACUACGCUGCUUCAUAAUCGGAAGAUUUGCCCGUACCCGAAACAGGCGAACUGGACGCAAACUGACGCUGAGGCAGAACAGAUACUCUCUGAUUCGCUGAAACUGUACUAUAUGUAG